GUGUCUCACAUUCAUGCUUUUGUUUGCCUGUGACGUCGUACCGACACUCCCCUCAUCCUCCCUUCUUACCAUAGUGGGAGAAGCCGCUGCUCCCAACUCAGCCGGGCGGCCCCUUGUCCGACAACUGGGGCACAGAACGGAGAUACACUGAGCUGCACCGGGGGACCCCCUGACCCUCACGCCACCCCUAGGCACUGCCAGCAGAUUAGUAUGGAUUAAAAACCGAGUUGGAUGGAAGAACAUGAGUUCUGAUAUUAAGAAGCCUCCAGUAGCCCCUAAACCAAAACAUGUAGUGGGUUUGAAACCUAGCCCACCACCCAUUGCACCCAAGCCGGACAUUGUUCAGGCCAAAAUUGUACUAAUUUCAAAGAAAUCAAAACCGACAAUUGCUCCAAAGCCAAAAGUCCUUAAAAGUUCAUCAGUACCAGAAGAUAAGCCACAUUGUUCUUUAAAAUCAAAUAGUUUAAACAAAGAAGAAAACAAAGGUUCCUGCUCUGAAAACUUAAUUCGUAACCAUGAAUUAUCAGCUAACAAUGACCAUUCCACAUAUAUAAUUUUACCAUGCUCCUGUCAUUCUGAUUGUGGGCCCAAGCAUGGAAAUGGGGACUGCUUCCAUAAAACCCACAAGGCAAUAGAACAGCUGGAGAAUGCAGAAAAUAAGAAACUCUGUGGGCAGCCAAUUCCGUGUGUACGAGGUAGACGAAAGCCUUGCAGUCAGCAGGCGAAGCUGCCAAAAGCAAACCAAGUUAUUUUGAAGGGCAGCAUUUUAGAGAACCAGGAUGUUUCAGCUCAGAAUGUCGUUGUCAAUGGUUAUACUAGAAAACAAGGAAACUCCGACAAGGACAAUAAGACAGAUGGUUACAGUAUUAGUGCUUGUUCUGAUGGGCCUUUCUCAAAGUCUGAUGGAUCUACAAGUAACCCAAAAAGUUAUAGCAAAUCAAUCGACUGCCCUUCUCAGAGUAUUAUGUCUCAUUCAGAUCCAGAAACAAUUGACAAUAUGAAAGAAAGAAAUGGCCUGUCACUUAGUCAUGAACCUUUAGCUACAGACGAUAAUGGAAUAUCUAGACUUCUUCCACGGGUUCCCCCUCCACAUAAAUCUCUUCCAAUUCCGAAACCACGGAAGCUGCGUGCACAGUGUCUGGUGCGGCAAGAUUGUGUGGAUAGCACUGUAGAAAGUAAUGAGGAUGAUGUGUCUCCAGCUAUAAAUUCACAAUCAGAUACUGAACAUGGACAAAAUGAAAUUGAUUUGUCUGAUAAAUGUUUUACAGCUAAUUUCCCAGACCAAAAGGACCAGCUUGUUCUCAGUUGUAUGUAUGAUGACAGUAGUAAAAAUAGAAACGGAGACGUUCAUGGCAAUGCAAAUAUUGCAUUGACUUCACUUGAUACAGAACAAGAAAAUGCAAGUAAAUCUGUACCAGGUGAAAAUAGCAACUUUAAAAGGUGUAGUGCACAGUCCAUGAGUUUACCCAAACAACUGAAACUUAUUUAUGAACAGAUUCCUAUAACAAACAUAUCUACAGAGAAAAAUAAUACUCCCAAUGCACUGGCUGGAAGUUCACCGAGAGUUGCUCCAAAGAAGCCACAAAGAUACAGUCUACCUGCAGCUGGUCUGCUCAAAAAGGCUGCUUCAGAGGAGAAACUUUCCGAAGGUGCUUCAUAUGGUACUGCAAGGGAUGAGGGGGUAUCUCCAAGACAAUUACCAUCUUCUGAAAAACCAGCAUGGAAGUUGCAUCAUCCCAUUUUACCUUUUUUUGGUAGUCCAGAGUCAUUAAAGACUACUUCGAGUAAUGAAACCCCAAGUCCCAUCACCAAGCCUAGGGCUAAGUCUUUGUCAUCGGUUGAUAUGGAUAGAAUAGAAAAUCCCACAAAUGAUAGUCCUAAAAAAAACUCCUUAAGAAAGUUUCUUAACUUAAAAUUGUCUGUCUGUAUCAUAAAAAGUGACUUUCAGAGAUUUCUGUCACGAGGCAGCCUGUCAACAGAUACUACCACGUCUGAUAUAUUUUCUUGUACGGGGCACUCUACAUCUCCCACUUUAGGGAAAAAGGUGAAACCAGGAAAAGAACAGUCUGUGGAUUCUUUUAGUCCUUCAUCUAAGAAAAGACAGAAAAAUAAGAAUGAUGUCAAUAUUGUAAACAACUCAACUUCAGCGUCUUUAGAUGAGAAUUGUCUUUCAACACAGAGGCCACUGGUGGCAUCUUCAAUGGACACAUCCCAUGCUGAUAUUCCAGAAUAUGAAAAUUUUUGUCACUAUGAAGAAAUCCCAGAAUAUGAAAAUUUGCCAUUCACUCUGGUUUCAGAUGUAAAUGAAUGUGAUGCUACAAUUUAUGAGGUGGAAGACCCAAUAGAAGCUACUACUAUUCAUGCCAGCCACAGUGAGGUGUCUCAAGAAGAUCCUGAUGAUUACUUGGGUAUUCUUCACUCCGACGAAGAGGAAAUUCUCAAUAGCUCUGAUGAAGAAGAGUUUAGCUCAGAUUCUAGCAAAGCCGAUCUUGAUAACUUGGAAUACAAAUUGAAAACCAAGUCACAGAAGAAGUCAAAGGUUUAUUACAUUGCCAAGGAGAUCAUGAGCUCAGAGAAAGUGUUUGUUGAUGUCCUUAAGCUGUUGCAUAUUGAUUUCCGCUACGCUGUGGCUCAGGCCUCCAAACAUCUUGGAAAGCCAGUGAUUGAGGACAAGAUCCUUAAUCAAAUCCUGUACUACCUGCCUCAGCUGUAUGAACUGAAUCGUGAUGUGCUGAGAGAACUACAUGGGAGGAUGUCUCAGUGGAACGGGCAACAGAAAAUUUCUGAUAUUUUUGUGAAGAAAGGUCCUUACCUCAAGAUGUAUUCUACGUACAUUCGAGAAUUCGAUGGGAAUGUGGGAUUACUUGAUGAGCAGUGCAAGAAGAACCCUGCUUUUGCUGGGGUUGUUAAAGAUUUUGAGAUGAGCGCACGUUGCGCCAAUUUAGCGCUGAAGCAUUAUUUACUCAAACCGGUUCAAAGGAUUCCUCAGUACAGGUUACUUUUAACAGAUUAUCUCAAGAAUCUUUCUCAGGAAUCCUCAGACUACAACGAUACACAAGCUGCCCUGAGUGUUGUCACUGAGGUUGCUAAUCAUGCUAAUGAUAUCUUGAAGCAAGGGGACAACUUUCAAAAGCUUAUGCAGAUCCAGUAUAGUUUAAAUGGUCAUCAUGAAAUUGUGCAGCCAGGAAGGGUCUUCUUGAAAGAGGGGACUUUGAUGAAGCUUUCCAGGAAGGUCAUGCAACCGCGAAUGUUUUUUUUGUUCAAUGAUGCUUUAUUAUACACAACCCCCGUCCAAUCAGGAAUGUUUAAGCUUAACAAUAUGCUCUCUCUGGCUGGGAUGAAGGUGAGGAAACCAACCCAAGAGGCUUAUCAAAAUGAGCUGAAUAUAGAAAGUGUGGAGAGAUCCUUCAUUUUGUCUGCCAGCUCUGCUACUGAGAGAGAUGAUUGGCUCGAAGCAAUUUCUGCAGCAAUUGAGGAUUAUGCCAAAAAGAAAAUAACCUUUAAUCCAGCUAAGAGUCAGGAAGAGAAUGAUCUUGAAGAAGAGGGAGAUAAUAGCCUUGGGUCAAAGGCACCAAUUUGGAUCCCUGAUGGCAGAGCCACCAUGUGCAUGGUCUGCACUAGUGAAUUCACCCUAACCUGGAGAAGACACCACUGUCGAGCAUGUGGAAAGAUUAUCUGUCAGGCCUGUUCAACAAACAAGCACAGCCUGGAAUAUAUGAAGAACCAUUUAGCACGAGUGUGUGACCACUGCUUUCAGGAACUCCAAAAAGAUAGCCAGUGCAUGGCCAAGACAAGCUCACCUGCAAAGUCUCCUUCCAGUGCUCUCUCUUCAGUGCUUCACAGUAUUCCUUCUGGGAGGAAGCACAAGAAAAUACCAGCAGCUCUUAAAGUGUCAGCCAGCACAGAAGACUCCUCGAUGAGCGGUUAUUUAAAUAGAUCAAAGGGCAGCAGAAAGCCCUGGAAACAGCUGUGGUUUGUGAUAAACAACAAAGUCCUAUACACAUAUGCUGCUAGCGAGGACAUUGCAGCCUUGGAGAGCCAGCCACUACUGGGAUUUACAGUAAAAGUUGUAAAAGAAGACAGCACUGACAUGAAAGUCAUUCAUCUAUUGCACAAAAAUACUUUAUUUUAUGUUUUCAGAGCUGAUGAUGCCAACACUACUGAAAGGUGGAUUGAAGCAUUUCAAGAGGGAACAGUAUUGUGAUAACAUUUGCACUUGUGACACGUACACUACAGUCUGCCAUCAUGUUUUUCAGUCAUGCAUAUUUUCUUUUAUUUCAGCUACGUCAUUUCUUGUUUUCAAUUCAUAGUCUUAUGUUUGUAAAAUAGUUUAAUGCAACUUUUGUAUAUAUUAUUUAUUAAAACACAGACGUUGACUGUCAUAUGUAUUCCAAAAGCUCGCAGACACACUCUAUGCCUUGCAGUACAUGUACAUAGAUAGAUGUAUAUUUUUUAUUUGCACUGUCCACAGUGAUUUUUUGUUUUUAUACAUACAGUACUAUUCUUACAUAAACUCUGAGAGCUUA